AACACCAAAUUUAUAACUACUAGGUUAUAUUUAUAUACUCUUCUCAUCAUAGGUUAUUCAUGCACCUUUAAACCCUUUCUUUACACCACUAAUAUAUAUUAACUCUCUUUCAUUCAAUCAUUCAUUCAUCUCAAACUUCACACCUUCUUCUCUUUUUUCUCUUUAUCUUACAUACAAAAAAUUAUGCAAGUCCUAGAAGAACAACAACUCAUGGUGGUUUCUAAGGAUCUUACACAACAACAUGUCAUAAAAGGAAAGAGAACAAAGCGCCAAAGGUUGCCUUCUCCACUUAGGUUAGCCAUGUCUUGCAAUGAAGGAACCAGUUAUUCCGAUGAUCGAAAUUCAAAAGGAAUUGAUUUCGCGAUAAUAAAAUCGCGUGACCGAUCAGAAGAAGAAAAAGAAGAAGAAGAUAUGGCGAAUUGUCUUAUUCUAUUAGCUCAAGGUCGUCAUCGUCAUGAUCAUCAUCGUCAGGAUCAACAUCUGAUCCAUGUCGAUGAUGAUAACAAUAGCAACAACAAAAGACCUUCAAAUUUUUAUCUUUAUCAAUGCAAGACAUGCAAUAGAUGCUUCCCUUCAUUUCAAGCACUUGGUGGACAUAGAGCGAGUCAUAGCAAACCUAACAAACCAAAUUGUAACAAUAAUGUUACAAGAACUUUUGUUGAUAAUCAUUAUGAUCCAACCAUGAAUACUAUACUCUCUUUGCAAGCCUUUACCGCCUCCGCGACCCCGAUCACUACUAUUACUACUACCACUACAAAAAAGUCGAAAGUUCACGAGUGUUCGAUAUGUGGCGCGGAAUUCUCCUCGGGCCAAGCGUUGGGAGGACACAUGCGACGACAUAGAACACUCGUGAACACGUCGACAACAACUACAACGACGACAGCGGCAACAACUUCUUUGAGUAUGAGUAUUGGAAGCCCUAGAUCUCAUGAAGCUAAGAAACCAAGAAAUGUCUUGAAGUUGGAUUUGAAUCUUCCAGCUCCGGAAGUUGAACAAAGAGAUCAAUCCAAGUUUUCUUUUCAGCCUAGGGAAAAUGUUAUUGCUUUCUCUAGUAAUUCUUCUUUGGUGGAUUGCCAUUUCUAAAUCUCAAAUUUGUGUAUUCAGUAUUAAUUCAUUGACCUUAAUUUUUUUUAUAUUUUUUAUUUUACUUUUUCAAUUAAACUUGUAUAUGCUAAUAAUUCUUUCCAU